UCAAACGUUUGAUGUGACGUGCUUGAAUUUGACAGCGCCGCAUAUGCGAUCGAUGUUGAUAUUUUUUUCAAUAAAAUUGCAUCAGAUUAUAUUUUAAAUACUACUGAAUUUUAUUCAGUGAUUUACUGUAGCAUUGUAGGGAUUGUACUAACAAUUUUACAAACCACAUAAUGGCUGAGGAACCAGUAAAUAAACCCACUACCAAUGAAGAUGACGAUUUCGUUGACCCAUGGACCGUUGCUGGAAAGUCAGAGACAGGAAUUGACUAUGAUAAGUUAAUAAAAAGGUUUGGCAGUCAGAAGAUUGAUGAAGAAGUUAUACAAAGGUUUGAAAAAGUCACUGGGAAAAAAGCACAUCACUUUCUAAGGCGUGGAAUAUUCUUCUCGCACAGGGACAUUCACACUAUUCUCAAUUUGUAUGAGGCGGGCAAGAAAUUCUAUUUGUACACCGGUCGGGGCCCGUCUUCAGAGAGCAUGCACAUUGGACAUAUGAUUCCUUUCAUGUUUACUAAAUGGCUCCAAGAUGUAUUUGAUGUCCCACUAAUCAUUCAACUAACUGACGACGAGAAGGUGUUGUGGAGAGACCUGAAGAUAGAAGAUGCUCGGCAGAUGGCCUUCAAUAAUGCCAAGGAUAUUAUAGCGGUCGGCUUUGAUGUGGAGAAAACUUUCAUAUUUAAUGAUUUAGACUUUAUUGGCAAAUGCCCAGCAUUCUACCAGAACAUGGUGAGGAUACAGAAGUGUGUCACCUACAACCAGGUGAAGGGUAUCUUCGGGUUUGGAGACUCUGACGUCAUUGGGAAGAUUACGUUCCCUUCCAUUGAGGCUGCUCCCGCCUUCUCAACUAGCUUCCCAUUCAUAUUUGAAAACAAAGUCCUACCGUGCCUGGUGCCCUGUGCCAUCGACCAGGAUCCUUACUUCCGCAUGACACGCGACGUGGCUGCCCGCCUGAAGCUGCCGAAGCCGUCCCUCAUCCAUUCCACCUUCCUACCGGCGUUGCAAGGAGCUCAGCACAAAAUGUCCGCCAGUGACGCAAACGCCUCUAUAUUCUUGAAUGAUAGCGCCAAACAUAUUAAGACUAAGAUAAAUAAAUACGCGUUCUCAGGUGGUCAAACUACCGUAGAGGAACAUAGACUGAAGGGUGGCAACACUGAUGUGGAUAUAUCAUACAAGUACCUUUCCUUCUUCUUGGAGGACGAUGAUCGGCUAGCAGAGAUUAAGAAGGAAUACGAAUCAGGCGUGAUGUUGACCGGUGAGCUGAAGAAAGAAGCGAUCGAUGUGAUCACGCCGUGGAUACAGGAGUACCAGAAACGCAGGGCGGCUGUCACGGACGAAGUUGUAGAACAAUUCUUCAAGUUACGGCCUCUUAAGUUCUAAACUAACUUAGUAUACGGCAGUGGUGGACAAAUAAAAUGAAAUCUUGCUGCGUUGAGAAUAAGGUCGAAGUUAAAGUAUUUUAUUUCAAUUAAACCAUUGUAUAUAGUACUUUUGAAACAAGGCUGCGAAACUUUGCUGCGUUGUGAAGUCAAAGCAUUUUAUUUCAACUUAAUUUUACUUUUGAAGUGUCCGAGAAAAUAGAAUAGUCCGUCAGUUAGCCUGUUCGUCAGUGAAAGAAAUGUAGUUUCGUAUGGAGGAGGCUUCCAUCGUUACUCUUUAGUAAAUGUGAGCGAGGGUACGGGAUGCCCAACCUAUCCCCCCAUGUCCCCAAAUUGCUAAUUUUCAAAUCCUCAACUCCAGAAUGUCGGAAAUGCACCUGUUCGCUCGUUUGCCGCCUUAUCCUAUGUAAAAUAACCCAUAGUCGAGUAGAACUCGUUUCACAAGCCACAUAGUUUGUCCACCAUUUCUAAAUUUUCUAUCAUUAUUACGCACACACGUAUUACUAGUGAAUCUUAGUGCUAGUAUUCCGGUGUGCUCACUAGAUGGAGUUAAACAGUAAAGACCGUGUUAGUCAAAAAGGACAAUGAAUAUGCCGUUAUAUAAUAUAAUAAUUUACAGUUAUUAGCGAUAAAUACGAUACGCGUACACUGCUCAUGAUUAAGACCUGCUAAGCUACGAAUAAAGGUAAGCGUCCACAGGCCCGCAUCGUACGCAUUCCGUAUAACGUCAUCAGUACGCAUCGCAUGCAGGCAUUGCAAAAGUGUACGCUAAAGUGUACGCAGUUGUAUGAGUUUCUAUACAAGACACACUAAAAUCCGUUGGGUGCGAUGCGUACGAUGCGGGCCUGUGGACGCUUACCUUAAAAAGUAUAAAUUAUUGUAACAUCACACAGAAUUGUCUACAAAAUUCUAUGUGCAAUAUUUAUCGCCGGAUACUGAGGGCCUAGUACCAGUUUGUUUUAGUAACAGUUCAGUACGAAAUCGAAACGUGGAGCCGGCCAAUCAGAGCGCCGAACGCGGUAACAUUUUGAUCUCGCUUAACGUAAAAUGAACUCGUACUACGCCCUUACUUUUUCUCUUCACCCACAUGAAAUGUAGACGAAUUUUAUAAUUCGACUAGAUUUUUAUAAAACAUAAUAUUUCGUUUUUUUUUUUAAGUAUUUUUACGGCUCAAGUAUUUUUUUACUUAAGUUUGACUUAACCAAAAUGCCUUAAAGGCGUUAUCAACAAUAAUUUAGAACAUGUUACCACCUUUAUUACGUAGGUCGUAAAGGUGUUUUUUGUGCAAGAGUCGUUGUGGAUCUUAAUUUAUGUUUUGCUCCUAAAUUACGAAUUGCUAUGAUGCACGCGAUCAUCUAGGGACAUAUCCUGAAAAAAUAAAGUUUGCUUUAUUUUGUUUAGUAUUUUUUUGUGUGAGGUAAAUUGUGUUAGGGUUUCUUUAAGUUGUUGUAGAAAAACACAUAUUAUUGCAUUUUAAUAUCUAUGUACAUUCACAUAUUAUUAUUACAAAAAUAAUCUAUAUUUAUAAUACCUGUAGCAAAUGCAUUUGUAAUAGUAAAUGUUAAUCUUUUAUACUACUAAAAUAAAUAGAGUUUGUAUGUCUCGCUUCCAAGUAUUGGGUAGCUUGACUAAUUUCGAGCCACACCGGAGCUCUUAAUGAGCUACGUUUGUCAGUAAACAAACUCAAAAUGGAAAGUCACUGAAUGAACUUAAUUUUUAGGUUGGACUCUCUUUAUCAAUGACAAAUAUGAGGCUGGGUACCGAUAUAGUGGACAUAACUGAACCAAGCCUUAGGUAUCAGUAUAUAAGGAGCUUUAAAAGUAACUGCCACGGCUUUAAUGGAAGGUAAUGUUGUGUUUGAAGACUACAAUAGUAAAUAUUGACUGCACGGUGCGGAGGCUGAAAAACUGGCUGCCUUGCAACGUAUAGCGGAUUCGAAUACCGCACGGAGCAACUCUUAGUGUGAUCUACAAAUUUUUGUUUCGGAUCUGGGUGUCAUGUACGUGUGACUUUGUAUGUUUGUAAACGAACCCACGACACAGGAAAAAAUCCCAGUGUGAAAUUAUUAAUUUGAGUAAUUUUGCUUUUCUCUAAAAAUCUACGUAUGAGUUUGUUAUAAAAGAGCUAUCGUUUUCACUGUCUCUGCCGCUUCGUUAUUGAAAAAAAUAGGUAGCAAUUGUUUUCCUCGCAUCGUGCGUAUCUAUACAUAUAAUAAAAUCGUAGAAAAGUGCUGUCUGUACAUUGAAAAUAAAUAUAAAAAAAAUAGCAGGGGUUAUUGUUAUGUCGAUGUCGAACCCAAAAAUGUAAUUAACUUUUUUUUUGUCUGUUUGUCUGUUUGUCUAUGCGCGCUAAUCUCAGAAACGGCUGAUCCGAGUUGGAUGCGGUUUUCACGAAUAUAUUGUGGUAUGCUUCAACUAACAUUUAGUGUUUGUUUCAUGUCAAUCGGUUCAUAAAUAAAAAAGUUAUGUCAAAUUAAAGAAUCACGUCGAACACUAUUCUAUGCUUAUACCAUUAAUCUCCGCAACUAUUUGACGGAUUUGGUUGAAAUUUGGUACAGAUAUAGUUUAGAACCUUAGAAAGGACAUAGGAUAGUUUUUAUUUCAAAAAUCAAAAAAUAAAAAAUAAAUUUAUUCCGGACAUACAGCGCCAUCUAUAAAUACUAUAAGUACGGAAUUGAACAAUGUCGGGCUGUUCCUAUACUCCGUAGAUAGAUGGCGUUGAUCGCGCAAUGGUGUCAUUACAAUUGUUCAGUUCAUGUUAUUGUUUUAAUUCAUUGGAAAUUUGUUUUUACAAAAUAGUAAAAAGCAAUGAAAAAUAUAAUACAACUUUUAGUACAAAGAAAACGCUCUAACGGAGUAUAGAUAAUUCUAUCCCAUCAAAAACAUCCUGUAAAAAACCCAAGUCUCGCAGCUCAGUCUUUCUACCGUCAAAAGUUGUGAGAUCCAUGUAAUACCAAGUCGGUUAAUCUAUUUAGUGUCUACUUGAAGGACCUUCUGUCUUAAGUUAUUACAUAAGUUAUUAUCAUGCCAAUAUUAAAAAUAUUUAACGUUUUAAACAAAUAGAUCGACUUGGACAUCGCUUGAUUUGAUUAUUAGUAUGUAUCACACUACACAGCACGACGGGCCAGCGACCAACAGGAACGAGAGUUUCAAUCGCGUGAGGCGCGAGAGACUAAAGAAUCUAAUAUAAUAUUGUAAUAUUCAUUUUGUUUUCAUGCGAUGUCCAAGUCGAUCUAUUUGUUUAAAACGUUAAAUAUUUUUAAUAUUGGCAUGAUAAUAACUUAUGUAAUAACUUAAGACAGAAGGUCCUUCAAGUAGACACUAAAUAGAUUAACCGACUUGGUAUUACAUGGAUCUCACAACUUUUGACGGUAGAAAGACUGAGCUGCGAGACUUGGGUUUUUUACAGGAUGUUUUUGAUGGGAUCUCACUUCUUUUUGUAGAGUUAAAUUUAUAACCACCACCAACCACCAACUGCAUAAAUAACUUUGUAAUCCCAUAUAUUUAUAUGGGAUUACAAAGUUAUUGAUGCAGUUGGUGUAUUCGGAAAACUGGACCGAAAUUACAAAAUAUUUAAGUUUUCCCAUGAUUAAGACACUAAACUCUAUAUGUAUUCCAAAUAUGAAGCUUCUAAGUCUGCUAGAAGUGCCUUGGACUUUUGAUGAUCGGUGAGUCAGUGAGUGACAAAAUUUAGAAACUUUAACAAGUUGUCAUUCUUAAACUACUGGUUCAAAUUGACUGAAAUUUUAAAUAUUCCGUGUUUAUACAAUGCCGGAUUAGUUACUGAAGAUUCAGGUUUCUUGCUUUAUCCACAACCGAAUUAUAGGGGGUCGAAAAAGGCCCGAAUUGCUUCGAGAAAAGGAUGGUACGGCCGUGCCGCUUUUUUUUUGCUCGACUUGGCGGGCAACUACCGUGCCCCCAGAUGUCGAUCGUUACACAACUUCGGUUUAUGUUAUUGUUUUAAUUCAUCGAAAAAAGUAAAUAAAUAGUAAAAAGGUAUGAAAAAAAAAUCAAUAUAAUUAAACUUUUAGUACAAAGAAAAUGCCCGAACGGAGUAUAAAUAAAUAAUCCAAGUUGUCUUUAUCCUCGAUAGAUCGAAAUAGAUCGUGCUAUGGUUUCGUUACAUUCAUUUGGUUGGGUAUCGGCCGAGCGCUUCGGUACUAUCGUAGAAAAAGUGUAUUAUCAGUCGUAUGAUUAUUUGUCUGUAGUGGUCCUGCUGUUUCGUAUAUUCUAAAUUGGUUUCGUUGUAUUUGUCAAUUAAUAAGUUUAUUUGUUGGGUUUUCUGGUUAAACUAUUUAACGUAGGUUUAGUUUGAUAUUAUCGAUUAUUAGUAGUUACUGUAGUUAGUUUUUUUAAUAAAAUUGUAAGUCUAAUUUAUAAAUUAAUUAGAUUAGAUUUAAGUCGUUUCUUUUAAAUUAUUUAGUUUAAGCUUGGUUAUUAUAGCAUAGAGGAUAGGUUGUAAUAUAAUUUUUUUAAUUGUUAUAAAUUUGUAAUUCGUAGCUUUCUUUAGUUUUCAUCUUAAGUUCGGAAAGAUUAUAAUAUUUAUUCAGUUUAAGUCCGUUUUUAAACUAUUUUUUCAAUGCCCUAAGUGAGUAUACAUCUAUUAAACUCAAACGCAGAGCUCAUUAUGUUGAUUUUUGAAGAGAUCCCGCGAGAUCGGGAACUUUGUGGUUAAAACCAAAAAUUUGCCGGAAGUCACUAUUCCACGCGAACGAAGUCGCGGGCAAAAGCUAGUUUGUUAAUAAUUUUAUGCAGAGAUGCUUGUAUAACUUCUUUAUGUUCUCAAAUUGAAUUAACUGUUCCGGGGUACGAAAUUUCCUUACUAUUGUAAUCUUCAAAUACAACACUACCUCCCAUUAAAGCGGUGGCAGAUAAUUUUAGAACACCUUAUAUAAUUUAUUGUAUCUAAAUAUAUGAUGGUAUAUAAUCUUAAAACGAGUAGUUUUUACAUUAUCAUGCUAAUGUAAGUAUUUUGAAGCCUUUUUAUACGAAAUGUGUAAUGUAAUUACAUACAACUAUUAAUUAGUCUUGUAAGCUGUCUUAAUUUUUUUCUACAGUUCAUUUAAUUUAUUGUUUCAUUGCUAAUAUCUUAGAGCGCCCACGCGGUGUGAAUUUUCUUGGAGGCUUUAAAAAUCAAAUUAUUAUGGGAAUGAAUAAACAGAUAUCAAAAACUUGAUACUCAUACGCAAUAUACAUAUAAGUCUAAAUAGAUUAAAAGGUUAACUUUUCACCAACCGUCUCUUAACUAAGUGUUACUUAGCAUAAGAGAACACGCAAACUACUUGUACUGUUAGGUGUCACUUAUAAGUUGAUGAAAACCAAAAUGUCGAAGUGUCACCUAUCCUAGCUUACAAGUGGUUUAGAAUUGAAUUGAGGUUGGUGAAAAACCGUGUUGGGCAAUUGCUCUUAUGAUAUGAAAUAAAAGAAUGUAACUACAGCCUUGUAAACACGUAGGAAUAUUGUGCCGUUUGCUUUCAUCAUUUGUCGCGUAAUUGUGUACUAUAACUUGGCUGUGCUAAGAGCAUAAUUUAUAUGAUUAACUUAUUAUUUUUCAAUAAAUACAUACAACAUGCAAAUUA